AUGUCGGUGGAAUUGGAGUACGACUAUGCUGCGGCUACAGCCUCUAUGGACAAGUUCUCUCAAGCCGAUAUCGAUGCCUUGAGAGAGUGGUCCGUGAACGCAGACAAAUCCAAAUACAUUCCCAAAGAUUUGACCAACAAGCAAUUGUUAUUAUUCUACAACGCCUGCUACGGAGAUGUUGAGAAGGCGAAAACUUGCGUUGAGAAGUAUUAUUCGUACAGAAAAAGCGCAUCGGACUUCUUCGACAACCGCAAUGUUAAUUCAGAUGAACUGAAGCCCCUCAUCAAUGACAUUCUGGAAUUCUCAGUGCUGCCAGGCACCUCAGUUGAAGGCUAUGACAUCGUGUUCCAUAGGCUCCAUAACACUGAACCGUCGAAGUAUGAGUUUGAACUUGGUUGCAGACUGCUCUUCAUGACCAUUGAUGCAUACUUAACAAAGCGAGGCCCCCGUCCAGGUGUUAUCUUCCUGUAUGACAUGAGAGGAGUAAAGUUGGGACACUUGACACGUGUUGGAUUGUCAUACCUUCGCAAGUAUUUCCAGUACACCCAAGAAGCGCUGCCGGUCCGAACCAAGGGGAUCCACGUGUUGAACACUGAGCCCAUUGUGGACAAGCUGACUCUGCUCAUCAAACCGUUUAUGGACAAGAAAUUCUUUGAUAUUCUAAAGUUCCACCAAAAGGACGAGAACAUGGAGAAUUUCUACGCUAAAAUAAUUCCUCGCUCAUCACUGCCUUCCGAUUUUGGAGGAACCCUUCCUGACACCAGGACCCUCAAUAAGCAAUGCUUCGAGGAGCUGCAGACCUUAGAAGCUUACUUCAAAGCUGAGGAGAAUCAGAGAUUCUCCGUGUUACCGAACAAGAAAGGAGACAAAGUGGAGGAUUCAUUUAAGAAACUAGACAUAGAUUAA